AGGAAGAAGAAGGAGAAGAAGAAGAGGAAGAAGAAGAAGAAGAGGAGGAGGAAGAGGAAGAAGAAGAAGAAGAUCAUUUACAGUACUUUCUCGAUACAUUGUAUGAGGUUUCAUUUCUGUUUCACAGAUAUAUGGGAUCCAAAUUAGCAAUGGAUCCCAUUGCUAUGGGAUCCCAUUUGGCAAUGGAGUGCAGUGGAAUGGGUGCUUAAGCUGAUCUGAAAUGAUUGCUCCUGGCCUCUUGAGGUGGAGGGUUUGUAUACAUGCAUACACACACACACUCACACACACCCUGGCAUCUGCCCAGUGAUGCUGGGUGAGGGUCCGUCAGGCCCUUACUGGAGAGGCAUCCCCUCUCCCCUACCCCUUCCUAUGGUCCUCUGUCUCAUGUUCUCAGAAGCACACAAAGCCACUGAUGUGUUGGGAUACUGGAAGCAGGAUAAUCAGCUAGGACUACUGAGACGGUAGCUCACUAUACAACAUGUGGAGGGUCUACCCUCUCUCCUGCCCCUCCCAACUGUGGGGGUGGUGAGAAAGGCAGGUCUUCUUGAAGUUUAUAUAAAUAUUUGUUGAACAGUAACACAGCUGGGACCAGGACCCCUUCCUCCGGCUGGCUGACUUGCUACCCCAGAGAAAUCUCAGCCGGGAUUAGGGCUGAGCUUUGGAACACUCCACUGUGCAUCUGUUGACUCCCAGUGACCCCAGUUCAAAUUCUCCCAUCUACCUUCCAAACCUGUCCAUCUGAGCCCCACACUAGCCCCAGGGAGGGAGUGGCAAGAAGUGGUGCCACUGACUAGUGAAAAGAAGCCUGCCCCAGGAAUCAAGACACCUGAGUUGUGUGGAGGGGUCUUGAGCUAGUCACUUGCCCUGUCUGGGCCUAAUUUUCUCCUCUGUGAAAAUGAGGGGUUUGAACUAGAUGCUCUCUAAAGUCCUUUUUGGCUCGAACGUUCUGGAUUUUCUGACCACAUGAACUGGGUCUGAUCCAGGGUACCUGGCAUUUCCUGUAGGAAGGGCCUGGAGAUUGAGGAGGAAAGACAGCAGUCAUGCUGGUCCAGGAAAGGAGAGAAGCUCCCCACCCUCAUGCAUGAGGAACUCUGGAAGACACAGGCAUUGCUAAUGGUAAAGAAAUCCAUUGCCUGGAUCUGGACCCAAGUCAUUGUGGCUUCUAAACCUGUGGCCAAACUAGGCCACUCUAUUAUUAAUCUUUCUUGCUGUUAAUGUUCUAAAGCAAGUAUAAUAAUACCUGCUUAGGUUGUCUGAGAAUAGAAUAAACUCAUAGACGUGAAUAUGCUUUGAAAACUUCUGCUACACAGAGACUGGAAAUUAUUUUCCUAGACAGCUGUCAAGGUCAUGACAGAUGAUUCCCUCAGGAUUCAGUUGGGUCAAUGGGGCAUCUGAGAGUAGGUUUUUGAAAGCUGGGAUUAAGGAUGUGGCCAGGUAAUUCCCCAUUCAUCCUGCCACAGUAUGGAAAGGGUUAAUUCACUGAAGUCCCUCUCCCAAUUCCUUUCUCUUUCCUUUCCCUGCCCCCCACUCUGAUUUAAUUCUUUCUCUUUUUAAUCACUCUGCUAUAAAAUGCCCAUUGUCCUGCCUCUGCUAUUAUGCUAUCAACCAGGCCUGGCUAGGAUGCAGAGGAGUCACAGGCCCAGCUGUCACCCACAGGCCCAGGGAGACGUUCUCUGACUGGCCAAAACUUGUGCAAGGACGGGCUUUUCCAUCUAAGGAAUGAAAUAGCCUCAUGAUUGAUGGGAACAAGAAGACAUGAGGGCAGGUCAGUGGACAGAGUUAUGGAUACCUACCUUGGGACCCUAAUCCCCUCAAGGGUCUCAUUUCUGGGGCUUACCAGGAAAUCAGGUAUGUGAUCAGGCUCCAGACAGGUGACCCUGGAACCCAGAAACCCUCAGGCAAGUGACACUGGAAUUCAGAGCACACCAAACUGCCUCUCAAGUCUUUCCCUUUUCUUCUUACCCCAUUCUAACCAACCACGUCAACCUCUGAGAUUAUUGUCCAGGAGACAAGGAGAGUCUCCCAUAAACUAUCUUUCAAUGUCUCUGUUGGAAAUGAAACUUUAGCCAAAGGAAUCUUGGGCCUCAGCCAAGGUGACUCCAGAGAUCCUUCUAGGUGGGGAAGGUGUGGGAAGGAAGAGGGAAUUACGCCCUCCCAGGAAUCUGGCUGAGGGACCUCAUGCAUAUUAGUCUGCGUUCUGCCCUCUGCUUUGGACAUUUCCUGGACUUUCUUUGCCUCAGUUUCCCCCUUGUAAAGAGCUGCUGUGAGAGUGCUGGCAUGGGAGACAAAUGAGAUCAUGGCUCCUAAGGGCUCUUUGAAGAGAAGCCCCACAGGAGCACAGAGGAAGCCUAUGUGAGAUAGAUAGGCCUUUUUCCUCUCUCCCUCUUUGGCUGGGUUUUCUUUCUGGACAAGUGCCUGACUCCCAGCUCCCUUUCAGCAGGUGUCAUCUCCCUCUACCAUGUGUCCCUCAGCUGCCCCCAACUCCCUGCGCCCCAGGCUACAGUCAUGCUCACAGUCACCCCUGCAUUGCCCGUCCCCCAUACCCCAUCCCCACUGUAGUCAAGGCAACUGUGCCACUAUAUUCCUUCCACUCUGCCACACCCUCAUGACAGGCAAGGAAGGUCAGGGCCCCUUCAAGCACGGGAGCUCCCCAUUGACAGGGGAGGCUGUGUUUUCAUAUUUUCACAAAAAACUCCCAGACAGCAUUUCUCUUCAGUGCUGCUGCCUAUUACCCAAAGUGCCUUGACCUGUGGACUGAAAAUAGCAAGUGCUAAUUUGCAUGUUAUUUAUUUAAGUAGCAAUGCUUCUGGGAUCCUGCUCUUUCCCCUAUAAAAGCCCACAAUAACCUCCACCAAGCAGUAAGGUAGACACUACUGUGGAACUUACCCUCCUCAUCAAGAAGGAAAGAGGAACCUAUAGCAGGAACCUCGCCUUCUGUUGGGUUCUGGCAUCUCAGGAAUCAGUCCCAAGAAGGAGGUGGUGUACAGACCCUAUACCCCAGAAUGCUCAGUGGGGACUCAGCUGACAGCCUCUGCCCUGAGCUGAGCUACUGGCUGAGACUUGUUCUCUUUAUGAUCUGCUCCUCCAGUCCCUGUGUGAGGUGAAACACAGCGGGAGGAGGGUGGAAGGGAGGGUGGGCAGGCCUCCAGGUAUGAGGAUGAGGGAUCGAGCCACAUGGUCUCUGGGGGGCUGUGAGGGAAUGUUCAGGAACAGCUCAGCUCUAUGCACAAGACCCCUGUCCCUCCAAGUAAACCCCUAUGUCUACCCCUUCCAGGCCUCAGAUCUCCCUCCUUCCAGGCCCUGCUGAGAAAACCACAAAGGAGGAAACCUUAUGGAAAGCUUACAGCUAGAUCUGGAGAAAAACAUCCCCUGCUGAUGACAUUCCUUUGGCUGAGACAAAGUCAUUUUACUCAGGAUUCCAUGCUGGCUGAGGCUAAAGAGAAUCCCUUAUGGCACGUCACUAUAAGCUGUUCCCCAGAUGACCCAGGCCAGCUCCAGCACAGCUGCAUGGACAGAGCCUCCCUAGAGAACUCACUGUGCUCACCCUGUUUUGGGUGGUGGUGAGGAUGGGAGGCUCAGGACAUUAUCAGAACAGGAGAGCCAGGAUAGGGCUUAGCCAGGGACAUCAUCCUGGAAUGAAAUGGAAGAAUAUGUGAGAGGACCAUCUGCCUUGCUCUGAUUCCCCCUUAGAGCUGGUCUGCUUGGGAGCUGGUGCAUCUUUUCUAAGUCUUACCACCUAAACCACUUAGACAGAGUAAAGGGAAUAAAAGUCUGUCUAUCCCCUAUGCUAGGGGGAAGUCUGAGGGAUUGGUGCUAGGAUCACUGCAGCCCUUUACUCCCCUUUGAUCAAGCAUAUUUGGAAAACUUGGCCACAAUAUGCAACCUCAGAAACAAAGACCCUUCCUCCAACUUAAACUGUUCCAUUCUCCGGAAACGGAGAUCCCUCUGCUGAGGUUUUCCGCCCUCUCAGAACUGUGGUUCAUCACCCCAGAGCUGCAGCCCCAGGUCAGUGGCAUUGGGUAGCCAGAGUAGUAGGGGCAGAGGGGGUGUCCAGUUACCCAAAGUUCAUUGACCUGUGGGCUGAAAAUAGUAGGGGCAGCCUGCAUUGCUGGGGGGCUUGGGAAAGGACUAUUCCUAGGACUCAAAGCACCACCCAGACCUCUUUAAAGGCAGUGAGAGCGAGGAGGAGGAGUUCAGGAGUGCAAACCUCUCCCUUAACAUCUGUAAAAACCGAGGCCUGGAAAGAUAGGCCUAAGAAAACACAUGUGACCUGGAUCUGUAUGUGUGGCUCAGUCACAUCCAACGGCCCAAACACUAGAGACUACUGCUCUGUGGUCCCAAGUCAUCUUAGUUCAGCACAUUAGGGGGCUUAAAAAAAUUGCUGCUGUUGUUUUUGUCGCUUAAAGAAACUGCAGGUAUAAUUUGUCCAUCUCUAAAAUGUAGGCUUCCGAGUUUGCCCAGUUCACAUUGGGAUUGGGACCCAACCAUAGACACUUAACCCCUUCCAGGAGCCAAGAGUGAGAACUGGAGGAAGCAAGGGUGAGGGCAGCAGGCCAAUUACCCGACAGGGCUCCUUUCUGUGGAACCAAGAGAGUGAAGUUACCAGGAGGACCCUCAGUGGGGAGGAACCCAAUGGGAGGGCCCUGCUACUGGAUCCCACUGUUUUUUUCCUAAACAGUCAGCUGAAAAUGGAUCCUGGAUAAAGGCACAGAUCGUUGGGUGGUGUGAGCUGUUGUUUCUCUCCCACAGUCUUCCCCCAGCAAGCACACCUCACCUAAUCUGUGGUCUCCUGAAUGCUGGAGAGAUGUUGGGCCCCACCCCCUGAGGUUGUUAGGACAUCAGAAGGUCGCACCAUCCUACUUGGCUCCCGGCUGUGAGCAGAAGGGUCCUGAGCCAACCUCUGGCAAUAUGUACCCCAUCGGACCUUCGUGUCCCACCACACCCCUUCAGGGACCUUGUUUUAGGCAAUGCACUGACCCAUGCUCCGAUUUUUAGAAAUUUCUAAAAGCCUGGAAAGGAGCCAGGAGGAGGCUGGGAGAAAGCCCUCUAUGGAGAAGGUUCUGCCCAGGCCUCCCCAACUCCUUACCCACCCGUGCCCCAGAGAGAAGUGGCUCGCUGCUCACACCCCCUCCUGCCAGUGCAGCGCGAGUAAGAGAGCCCAAGGGACAGCAGCUGGCAUCCCAGGGGUUAAUUCCGGAGCAGCCCAGGUGGAGGUCGAGCCCCCAGCCCCGUCGGCACCUCCAGGCUUCCGAGGCCACCGGAACGGAGGAGGCUGCGGUGGCUCUUUGUCUACCUGCUCUGGGCGUUAAAGAGCCCGCUCGCAGCCUGCAUCGCUGGGGCUCGGGACAGAAGUCAGCGGCGGGGAAAUGGGGCUCUGUCACUUUAAGUACAGCUGGAGCUGUAAGUACGAGCCCGGGUGGUGGGGAGAAAAGGGAGCGGAGGGCAGGCGAGGGUUCGGUUUCUGACCCUCCGCGUGGCCCACAGCUCAUACAUUUUCGGGUGUCCCCGGGUGUCGGACGAGAGCGGUCCUGGGGGGCACUGGGUGCCCACCCGGUGAAUGGCCGCCUGAGCCGGGGAAGAUGCUUCAUCUGCCCCUGCCCAGAUCCGGAAGGACAGUGAAUUUUCCCCGCAGCUGGGAUGAAAGCAGCUCCAUCAGCAGUGGACUCAGCGAUGCCUCAGACAAUCUCAGUUCAGAAGAAUUCAAUGCUAGCUCCUCACUCAACUCCCUCCCAACUACUCCCACUGCUUCUCGCAGGAACUCAACAAUAGUGCUACGCACAGACUCAGAGAAGCGCUCACUGGCAGAAAGUGGGCUGAGCUGGUUUAGUGAGUCAGAGGAGAAGGCCCCUAAAAAACUGGAGUACGACAGUGGUAGCCUGAAGAUGGAACCUGGGACUUCUAAGUGGCGGAGGGAGCGGCCUGAGAGCUGUGAUGAUUCAUCCAAGGGUGGAGAACUGAAAAAGCCCAUCAGCCUGGGACACCCUGGUUCCCUGAAGAAGGGCAAGACCCCACCUGUGGCUGUAACUUCCCCCAUCACUCACACUGCCCAGAGUGCCCUCAAAGUCGCAGGCAAACCUGAGGGCAAAGCUACAGACAAGGGUAAGCUUGCAGUGAAGAAUACUGGGCUCCAACGCUCCUCCUCUGAUGCUGGUCGGGACCGCCUGAGUGAUGCUAAGAAGCCCCCCUCAGGCAUUGCUCGCCCCGCCACUUCGGGAUCCUUUGGCUACAAGAAGCCUCCUCCUGCCACAGGCACAGCCACCGUCAUGCAAACCGGUGGUUCAGCCACUCUCAGCAAGAUCCAGAAGUCCUCAGGCAUCCCUGUCAAGCCAGUAAAUGGGCGCAAGACUAGCUUAGAUGUGUCCAACAGUGCAGAGCCAGGAUUCCUGGCUCCUGGAGCCCGUUCUAACAUCCAGUACCGCAGUCUGCCCCGGCCAGCCAAAUCCAGUUCUAUGAGCGUGACCGGCGGGCGGGGUGGACCUCGCCCUGUGAGCAGCAGCAUUGACCCCAGCCUCCUCAGCACCAAGCAGGGAGGCCUUACACCUUCCAGACUGAAGGAGCCUACCAAGGUAGCCAGUGGGCGGACCACUCCAGCCCCUGUCAAUCAGACAGAUCGGGAAAAGGAGAAGGCCAAAGCCAAGGCAGUGGCCUUGGACUCAGACAACAUCUCCUUGAAGAGUAUUGGCUCCCCAGAAAGUACUCCCAAGAACCAAGCAAGCCACCCCACAGCCACCAAGCUGGCAGAGCUGCCACCAACCCCUCUCAGGGCCACAGCGAAGAGCUUUGUCAAACCACCCUCACUAGCCAAUCUUGACAAAGUCAACUCCAAUAGUCUGGAUCUACCAUCAUCCAGUGAUACCACCCAUGCUUCAAAGGUCCCAGAUCUGCAUGCUACAAGCUCAGCAUCCGGGGGCCCUCUCCCUUCCUGCUUCACCCCCAGUCCAGCACCCAUCCUCAAUAUUAACUCAGCCAGCUUCUCCCAGGGCCUGGAGCUAAUGAGUGGUUUCAGUGUGCCAAAAGAGACUCGCAUGUACCCCAAACUCUCAGGCCUGCACAGGAGCAUGGAGUCCCUCCAGAUGCCAAUGAGCCUGCCCAGUGCCUUCCCCAGCAGUACUCCCGUCCCCACCCCACCUGCUCCCCCUGCUGCUCCCCCAGAGGAAGAGACGGAAGAGCUGACUUGGAGUGGAAGCCCCAGAGCUGGGCAACUGGACAGUAACCAGCGAGAUCGGAACACUCUUCCCAAGAAAGGGCUCAGGUACCAGCUUCAGUCCCAGGAGGAGACCAAGGAGAGGCGACAUUCCCAUACCAUUGGUGGGCUGCCUGAAUCCGAUGACCAGUCAGAGCUGCCUUCUCCCCCUGCACUUCCCAUGUCUUUGAGUGCAAAGGGCCAACUUACCAACAUAGUGAGUCCCACUGCGGCCACCACGCCAAGAAUCACCCGCUCCAACAGCAUCCCCACCCACGAGGCGGCCUUCGAGCUGUACAGCGGCUCCCAAAUGGGGAGCACCCUGUCCCUGGCCGAGAGACCCAAGGGAAUGAUUCGGUCAGGAUCCUUCCGAGACCCCACGGAUGAUGUUCACGGCUCAGUGCUGUCCCUGGCCUCCAGUGCCUCCUCCACCUACUCCUCAGCUGAGGAGAGGAUGCAAUCUGAGCAAAUCCGGAAGCUUCGUAGGGAACUGGAAUCAUCCCAGGAAAAAGUGGCCACCUUGACGUCUCAGCUUUCUGCCAAUGCUAAUCUAGUGGCUGCUUUCGAGCAGAGCCUGGUGAAUAUGACAUCCCGCCUGCGACACCUGGCAGAGACGGCCGAGGAGAAGGACACUGAGCUGCUGGAUUUGCGAGAAACCAUAGACUUUCUGAAGAAAAAGAACUCUGAGGCCCAGGCAGUCAUUCAGGGAGCCCUUAAUGCUUCAGAAACCACACCCAAAGAACUUCGGAUCAAGAGACAAAACUCCUCAGACAGCAUCUCAAGCCUCAACAGCAUCACUAGCCAUUCCAGCAUCGGCAGCAGCAAGGAUGCUGAUGCAAAAAAGAAGAAAAAAAAGAGUUGGCUUCGAAGUUCCUUCAACAAAGCGUUCAGUAUAAAAAAGGGGCCCAAGUCAGCUUCCUCAUACUCGGAUAUAGAGGAGAUUGCUACACCCGACUCCUCGGCUCCCUCAUCCCCCAAACUACAGCAUGGUUCUACGGAGACUGCUUCACCCUCCAUCAAGUCGUCCACCUCAUCCUCCGUGGGCACUGAUGUCACCGAGGGCCCCGCUCACCCAGCCCCCCACACUAGGCUAUUCCAUGCAAAUGAGGAGGAGGAGCCGGAGAAGAAGGAGGUAUCGGAGCUGCGUUCUGAGCUAUGGGAGAAGGAAAUGAAGCUUACAGACAUCCGCUUGGAGGCCCUCAACUCUGCCCACCAACUGGAUCAGCUUCGGGAGACCAUGCACAACAUGCAGUUGGAGGUGGACCUGCUGAAAGCAGAGAAUGAUCGGCUGAAGGUAGCCCCAGGCCCCUCAUCAGGCUCCACUCCAGGGCAGGUCCCUGGAUCAUCUGCGUUAUCUUCCCCGCGCCGCUCCCUGGGCCUGGCACUCACCCAUUCCUUCAGCCCCAGUCUUGCAGACACAGACCUGUCACCCAUGGAUGGCAUCAGUACUUGUGGUCCAAAGGAGGAAGUGACCCUCCGGGUGGUGGUGAGGAUGCCCCCGCAGCACAUCAUCAAAGGGGACUUGAAGCAGCAGGAAUUCUUCCUGGGAUGUAGCAAGGUCAGUGGAAAAGUUGACUGGAAGAUGCUGGAUGAAGCUGUUUUCCAAGUGUUCAAGGACUAUAUUUCUAAAAUGGACCCAGCCUCUACCCUAGGACUAAGCACUGAGUCCAUCCACGGCUACAGCAUCAGCCACGUGAAACGAGUGUUGGAUGCAGAGCCCCCCGAGAUGCCUCCUUGCCGUCGAGGUGUCAAUAACAUAUCAGUCUCCCUCAAAGGUCUGAAGGAGAAAUGCGUCGACAGCCUGGUGUUUGAGACGCUGAUCCCCAAGCCGAUGAUGCAGCACUAUAUAAGCCUCCUGCUGAAGCACCGGCGCCUCGUCCUCUCGGGCCCCAGCGGCACGGGCAAGACCUACCUGACCAAUCGCUUGGCCGAGUACCUGGUGGAGCGCUCUGGCCGUGAGGUCACGGAGGGCAUCGUCAGCACCUUCAACAUGCACCAGCAGUCUUGCAAGGAUCUGCAACUGUAUCUUUCCAACCUGGCCAACCAGAUAGACCGGGAAACAGGAAUUGGGGAUGUGCCCCUGGUGAUCCUAUUGGAUGACCUGAGUGAAGCAGGCUCCAUCAGUGAGUUGGUCAAUGGGGCCCUCACCUGCAAGUAUCAUAAAUGUCCCUAUAUUAUAGGUACCACCAAUCAGCCUGUAAAAAUGACACCCAACCAUGGCUUGCACUUGAGCUUCAGGAUGUUGACCUUCUCCAACAACGUGGAGCCAGCCAAUGGCUUCCUGGUUCGUUACCUGAGGAGGAAGCUGGUAGAGUCAGACAGCGACAUCAAUGCCAACAAGGAAGAGCUGCUUCGGGUGCUCGACUGGGUACCCAAGCUGUGGUAUCAUCUCCAUACCUUCCUUGAGAAGCACAGCACCUCAGACUUCCUCAUCGGCCCUUGCUUCUUUCUGUCCUGUCCCAUUGGCAUUGAAGACUUCCGGACCUGGUUCAUUGACCUGUGGAACAACUCUAUCAUUCCCUAUUUACAGGAAGGAGCCAAGGAUGGGAUCAAGGUCCACGGACAGAAAGCCGCUUGGGAGGACCCAGUAGAAUGGGUCCGGGACACACUUCCCUGGCCAUCAGCCCAACAGGACCAAUCAAAGCUGUACCACCUGCCCCCACCCACCGUGGGCCCUCACAGCAUUGCCUCACCUCCUGAAGAUAGGACAGUCAAAGAUAGCACGCCUAGUUCUCUGGACUCAGAUCCUCUGAUGGCCAUGCUGCUGAAACUUCAAGAAGCUGCCAACUACAUUGAGUCUCCAGAUCGAGAAACCAUCCUGGACCCCAACCUCCAGGCAACACUUUAAGGGUUCGGCAAUCACUGUCACCCCCGGACAGCAGAACGCUGGCAUCAGCUAUCUUAGCUCCUCCUCUCCCCUCUCCUCUUUCAGAGCACUGGCUCUCCAGCCCCAGGAGGAGAACAGGCGGGAGGAGGAGAUGAAAGAGGAGGGACAGGUUCUUGGUGCUGUACCUUUGAAAACUUCCUAGUAAGGAAUGGUGGGGUGGCGUUUGGGAGCUUGUGCCCCCUAAACACAUAUACUGGCCUCCUCUAAUGACUUUGGGGAAAAGAUGAUUCUGGGUCUUUCCCUUGACUUCUUGUUUCAAUUACAAACUCCUGGGCUUUCUGGGGAGGGGUUCAGAAAACAUCAAAACACUGCAGCAGUUCCUAAACGAGUCUCACAAGCAACCCUGAAAGAGACAGUCAUGUGAGGGGGAUCUGGGGGAGGCAGGAAGCUCCCCAGAUUUUCUCACAGACCCUUCCCAAUUCCAUCACCACUGCCAACAACUCCUCCCCCAGAGAUCUGGCUGGAGCCCAGAAAAAGAAGCAUGUGGUUUAAAAAAUGUUUAAAUCAAUCUAUAAAAGGUAAAAAUGAAAAACAAAAACAAGCAAACAAACAAAAAACAAUGGAAAAGAUGAAGCUGGAGAGAGAGGAACCAGUUGCCAAGGUAGAAAGACAGCUGCCCGCUCCUGCCCUCUGGAUGACAUAGGGGACAUCAACAAGACGGCUGCCAACCUGAGAAGUCACCAAACCACAAAAAUAACCUUACAGCCUUCAGAGAAAGACUACCAGCUCUGUCUUUCUGCCCUCUAAUUUAACAUGCAUGAGAGUCAAUAAACCCUACUUUUUUAUUUUUGUUUUUUAUUUUGUUUUCAUUUUUUUCUCCUAUUUGCCUAUUUAUUUUUUUUCUUUUCCCUUUUUUUUUUCUUUUUCUUUUUCCAUUUUUCCAUUUCCUCACAUAUCCACGAGAUGCUUGGGUUGCUUUUCCAGGGGCUAGUUUGGCUUUUCCAAGUGGGUUUUCUUUGGAGAAUCUGACGCCAUAUAAUUGGCAUGACACCUGCCAUGCCAAUAUCUUUGGCAUCCAUGGGGCUUAUAUGAGACAUGAAGCAAUGGCUCGAAAGUAGAGGGAGAAGAGGAACCCAGUUCCCUUGACUUCCCUUUUGAGAAAGCACAUGUUCUGCUAGGUAGCUCAAUUGCCAGCCUCUGUCAUGAGAGGGUAUAGCCUCAUCUUGAUAGAAGAGCUACUCUGAGCUUUAUCAUGGACCAGAGGAAAACCAGGAAAUUGAAAACAUUCCUCUGUCUUGUGGCCAGUUUGGCCUUUCACUGCACUAUUCUGAUGGUGCCUGACUGAAUCAAAAUAUCCUAGCUGGCUCUUACUAUUUUUCACAAGUAAGUAUUCACAUUUAAGAGACUGAAUAUCCAUGUGAGAUCAUCCCAAUCAGAAUAUAAGACUCAAGGAGUUUGACUUGGUGGCCAAUACCUGCCUUCCAAAGAGAUCCUACCUUUGCAGAUUUGCUCCUUUCCCAUUGCCUCGAAGGUCUGGCAAUCCCUGUUCUUUCAUUUGACAAGUACUUACUGAGUACUCACUAUGUGCAAAUCAUUAGGUUAACACACACACACACACACACACACACACACACAAGACUUGGGCCCUUAAGUUUACAGUCCAAUAGGAAGUGUUAACCUCCAUUAAGCUACACCUCCUUGUUAUCUAGACCUUCGGGAUCAUCUAAGAAAUGUAGCUGAAACCCAAGGAGCCAGCUAGAAAGAAGCUUUUGAUUAGAUGUACAAUUCGUUGGGGACAGAAGAUCUGGGAUCAAUUAAGAUGGCACCUGAAGGACUGUGGAAUCUUGUUUGUCAGGAGUGGGCAAGUCUACUUCCUGCCAUUUCUGAAAGCCCCAUGGGACCAGCUUCCUGGCUGAGCUGCCUGGUAGGCUGAAGCUUCAGGACUCUGCAGAUCAGGGAUAUGUGAUGAGCACCGGCCUAAGUGUUUGCUCUUCAGAUUCCUAAGUAGCACAAGACUUUAUUAGAAUCUAUAGGCAUACCAGCCUGGAUCACUCUGUUCCACCCAACCGAGGAGUAGAUGCAUCUGAAUCUUCAUAUCGGUAUAUUUUCAUUUAGGUCCAAAAGAUGGUCCAGGCUGCCCCUCACAAAAGCUUCUGCAUUCACGUGGUAAGCUCCCAGGGAUGACAGGGUUCUGUAUGAUGGAGACUAUUAUUGCUAUUGCUGCUAAUUCCAUGAGCUGUGAAGAUCCCUAACCAACUCAGCUGUAACAUAUGCAAUUCUGUGGUGGGAAGAGGCUGUGUGUCCAAGGAUGGUGCUGAAAUCACUGCCUUAAGGUCUCUGCUGUGCAGAAUGAGGAGGCCCCGGAGCUGGCUGUUCUAACUUAGAAGGAAGAGAAGACUGGAUGGGCCUGCUUGGGAUCUAGGUCUCUUCUAAACCCCUAUCCUAAGCUCCAGUUCCAUGGCAAGGCUCAGACUUCGCUUCACUCUAUUUUCUGGUGCUGCCCAGCCAGUGCCUUCUGCCAUGGAUGUUACUGGCUACUUGAGAAAAAGGAGAGGGGAGAACCCCUUCUUUCGUUCCAACUGCCUCCAACCCCAAAGGGAUUCUUGGCUCUCUGGUAACCAUGGAUACCACCGUGAAUUUUAUUUGGAUCCUCAGCAGGUUGAUUCUGGAGGCCUCAUGCCAUGACUUUUUAUUUCUCUUCCUGGGAUCCACCACCCUCUACUCUCAGCUGACUGCUGCGUUUAGCCCAGGUCUCCAGUUGCUUUCCUCCAGAAAGUGUGUUCCCAUCUAGUGAGGUGGUAUUGAAGCCUUGGCUUUCCCUCUGGAGCCUGGGACCCUGUUUACAGUUGCACAUCUGGGCCCCUCACUAUGGGGAUCGAUCAUUCUCAUGAAGGAAUCAUGGUUAUAUGGCAACUGCAGAAGGCUGAGCCUCCUCAUGGUGCUAUAACCCCUUGGGACACUCAUCCAGACUUCUCUGAAGCAGAAAACCUGAGCUCCCCAGUCACUGCCCUAGAAUUUAUGGCAAGGAGCAAAUCCACAGCAUUCUCUCCCACCUAUGUCCUGCUUCUUGGUUGAGCCUACUGGGAUCCCUCAGAAAAGAAACACUGGGUCCCAAAGCUAAAUUCUCAACCCCCAGGCACCUUCAGAAGAAUCCAGCCUAAUACUGGAAUUUGUGCUAUUAUCUUCGUCUCCAGCCCCCCAACUCCAUCCCUCACCACAGUUGGCUAGGAAAUGACAUGAGUUCAAUAUCUAAUGUCAACCAUUGGGGAGAGCCACAACUCCAGGAGAGGUUCCUGAGCUGAGUCCCUUAAUUUCUGGAUGAAGAAGAUCAACAAGUUUUGUCCAAUGUACUUGUUUCUCAGACCUUGCCUAGGCACUAAAAAUAAAAUACUAGGUCAUUGGAGGCUAAUUUGGGGCCUGAUGUCUGUGUGUGUGUGUGUGUGUGUGUGUGUGUGUGUCUCCCUCUCUCACACACACAAGAGCAGUAUACUGUUGCUGUUUCCUACCUUCUGAGGCUUCAAAGUAUUUUUAAAAAUCUAUGCUUUGUGGCAGCUCUACGGUGCUUAUCUCUGUCUUUGUGUCAAUCCUUAAGUACCCAUGUCUUUUUCAUGUCUAACCAUUGGGAAGGGAGAGGCUGGCAGGGAAGAUGAAUCUGCUACAAGUCCAUGGGAAGACCCUACAAUGAAAUCCUUAUUGGUUGGUAUACUGUUUUGGUCUUGAAUUGCCAACCUUCCAGCUGAUCUAUCCAUACUACUUAAGUACUAAAGACAAAAACAGAGGGCUUUUUUUUCCUUCUUAAUGUCUUGCCUUCUGGUUUUCCUGGUUUGCAAGACUAAGUGUACCUAAUCUCACCAUCUCUUCACUUCUAGCUCCCUAAAACAAGGGUCACACUACUCCGAGGGAUAACCUCUUACAGUGGUCUGAGGAGUAAGUAUUUCCUAAAGUAUUCUAAAAGAGAAGGAAGAGAGAAAUGGUACCCUGCUGCUUCUCACAGACACCUCACAUCCUCACUUGGGAUGGCAUUCACAUAGAAAUCCCGCAUUUAGGUAAAAUUUGCCUGACUGAAGGGGACUCAGUCCUCCAAAUCAGGAUCAAGGAGGUAUCUACGUGAGACCUUAAGAACUCUUUAUUGCCAUUAGUUGGAGAGGGUGGGGGAAUUGUCCUGAUCGCACAUCUAACACAGGUAAUAAGUGCUGAAGUUACCCAGUAGUUGGAGGGAGUGGGGGAAUUGUCCUAAUCACACAUCUAACACAGGGAAUAAGUGCUGAAGUUACCCAGAUCACCAAGUACGGCUCCUCAUCAUACUUUAUUUUUGCUUUCCUUAUUCCUUGGCACUGACUAAGCUAAAGUUAAGAAGCAGACUUCAUAAGCCAACCCCUGUGGUGGGAUGGGAAAAUGGGCUUUUGCAGAGGGUUUAUUAAUAGAGAUGGAUUUACUACUCACAAGUUCUGGUUCAUGGCUCCACUGAGAAGGCCAUAGUAAUAAAAUGAUCUUACGAACACUGUUCCCCAAAGGCCAAAGCCUGAAGAUAUUGUCCCUUAUAAUCCAAUCAGCCUUAUAUUUUAAUGAGUCCUGAAUCAACCUGAUUAUGGAUAUAUAGUGCCACCAACUUGACACUCCCCACUGCCUAGGGUAGGUACAUGGGUGCAUGUCUGCUCAGCCUAGCCUUGGAAGCGAGCACUGCCAGCCACAGAUCCUGGGAAAGGUGGUAGUAACUUGGAAGAUGUUGUAGCCUUGAAGGUAGGAUACCUAUGAAAAUGCCAAAGCUGCAGGGACACGAAGACAGUUGAAAAUUCAACCUAUGUGUACUAGAUCCUUCCAGUUUGAUGGUUUGGUCAUUCUUCUUCAUGAUUAUGCCAUGGAGAAUUUUCUGUGACAAGGGUGGUCAUGGAAGUAAGUGAGUGAUCCCCUGGUUUCUCAUUCCUUAAAGCAGUGGUUCUCAAAGUAUGGCAUAAGACCAGCAGCAUCAGCAGCAUUUGGAAACUUGUUAGAAACAAAACUCUCAAUCCCAUCCAGAUCUGCUGAAUCAGAAACUCUAGUGAGAGGGCCCAGCAAUCCAUAUUUUAAUAAACCCUCCUGGUGAUUCCGAUGCACACUAAAUUCAACUAUUUUAAAGGGAAAGCCCUUUAGAGUAUCGGAGUUCCCACACCGAGAGGCUUUGGGGCCCAAAAUAACAAGGUUCUAGGUUGUAAUUCAGACUUUAACAUUAAUUUCAAAGUCACCUUUCUCAUGCUUCCUUGUGUUUCUGUUUUUCCAUUUAUUUUAACAAAGAAAGGUAUGUGUGCUUUUGGGUGGAAGUUAGGAGAAUGUUUGCAUCUUUCCUAGUUGAACACAACCUUCAGAGGAAAACCUUAUGCCUCGGAAAUUACUAGCUGGCACGCUAAGGGGCUUCAACAAGGAAAGCAUUUGGAGGUCUCUUCCAGAUUGCUCUUCUGCCGAAUUAUUUAUAUCUAUUCUGAGCUGAUUAUGUAAUAGGAUGGAAAAAGUUAAAAAAAAAAAAUCGAAUUUGUAUUUCCAUGACGUGUUCUCCCAGUAACAUCCCUCUCCUUUAUUUGAGUUAUAAAGGGCACUGCUGGGCCUGAGAACUGGGCCAGAACCUCCUUCUGUACGGCAGCUAACAGUGUAGGGCUCCAGUAUCCCAGGAAGGCCCCUUAUUCACACUCCACUCAGCUCAUAGGAGAGUCUUGCGUAAUGAAGACACAGCCCUGGGCACUUCAGUCCUUGUGCUCCUCCUCUCUUUUCCCCAUAGCAGGACCUAGAUACGGAAAUACUCAGCCAAGGUGAUAGAAUAAAAUCAUAUUUUUUUUGUUUUUUUGUUUGUUUUUGGGUUUUUUUUGGAGAAGGAGUCUUGCUUUGUCACCCAGGCUGAAGUCCAGUGGCACGAUCUCGGCUCAUUGCAACCUCCGCCUCCCAGGUUCAAGCAAUUCUCCUGCCUCAGCCUCCUGAGUAGCUGGGAUUACAGACGUGCGCCAUCAUGCCCAGCUAAUUUUUGUAUUUUUAGUAGAGAUGGAGUUUUGCUUUGUUGGCCAGGCUGGUCUCGAUCUCCUGACCUCAGGUGAUCCGCCUGCCUUAGCCUCCCAAAGUGCUGGGAUUACAGGCAUGAGCCACAGCACCCUGCCAAAUAAGAUCCUUUUUUAGAAAAAUUUGAAAAAAGCUUCAUAUCUUUACAAACUCACAAAGUAGCUGAUUGGGCCAUGGGGGAGAUGAGGCUUUUCAGAACUGGUUUUGUUUCAAGUUUGUCAAUUUUCCGUGUGUGAGAACUUGGGCAGAGCACAAAGAAACAUACAGUGCUAGUAAUAGGUCUCCUGAGCUCUGGAACUGUUUGGAGGAGGACUAAAGCACGGGGGAGCUGAGUACAAAAUAAUUCCACUAAAAUCACCUCCUCAGUCCCCAGAAGGCUGAUGGUGGAUCCUCUGGCCGUCUCCUGUGGGUUCUUCCUGCUCCUCUGCCAUUUCUCUAUGCCUGAAGACACGAAGAUGAUAUCAAGGCAGAGCUCCCAUAUCGCAGCCAGUCUCUGGGCCACUGCUGUGCAGUGGCUCCCACUUUCUAAUGCUUUUUUGUUUUUGCUUUUUCUAACAAAACAAUCUUUUUUUAAAAUGAAUUCCAACCCCUGCUAGCCUCCUUCCCCGCCUCCAUACUGUUUUAGGCAGCACCGUUUAUGUGACAGAGUCUGUGUUUCUCAAAUGCAUGGUGUUCCUCAGGUGGAGAGUGGGCAGAAGUUUUUGCAACACUUUUUUUUAAGUUAUUGGGUGCAAAAUCCCAGACCAGGAUAUGUGUAUGUCUGUGUAUUUAUGUUUUUUCUUAUUUGACCCUCCCCUCUUUCAACCUUCCCCCUUUUAUAUCUAAUGUAGAAAAAGCGAAACUGAAUCUGGAAAGCAAAUUGUUGUAUAUAGUUGCGGUAACAAUCAUGAAGAGAGAGCUGGGCUGUCCCCUUAGUAAUUCAUUUUAGAUAACACAUUAUUUAAAAAUAAAAUUCAUGCCAGAGCCAGCUGAAGAGGCCUUCCUUCAUCACCACUGAGGCCACCCCGAUCUGGGCCCUCUGUCCUUCUGGCAUGUCUCCUCCCAGCAAGAUUCAUCUGUUCAAUGCCAUUUGCGUUUCAAUAAAGUUAUCUCCUGUAUUGUC